GGGAGGGAAGAGAGGCAGUGUGGAGAGUUGCAGAGGACAGAGAGAGGUGAGUGGGGGAGACACUGAGAUACUGAGGAAGUAAGAAGGGUGCUGAGAGAGAGAGAGAGAGAGACGUCAGCUGCAAAAGAUGAGAGAUGAAGAGAAGGGGGGUUGGAGGAGAGGACGAGUUCAUCUCUAUCAGAGACUCAAGCAGCCGCUCAGCUGCUGAGCAGGAGCCACGCUCACUCAGGACUCCUCUGCUGGCUAUGAGAAGCAGGUGCAUCUGGUUCAGUGAGUUUCUCCACAAGAUUCCUGUGGGAUUCAAACGAAGCAAUUGCCUUUGGGGGCUGACCUGCUUCUCUACAGACCAGAAGACACAUGCAUACAUUAUGCUAACAUGGGAUUAGUACGCUGGCGACUACACUAAACUCACGUCGCCUGAAGCUGCAAAAAAAGAGAGAAGCUGUCACUCUGAAUGGACUUACCUCUCACAAUGCUCUUCAUGACUACAACAAGAUGAUUCCUUAUUCCUGGUAAGCUACUCUUAUGGACAAGGACAGUCAUGUUUUUGGACAACAGCGCAGACUGGAUGGAAAUUCCAAUGGGACAAGAGGAUAAUGUUGCAACAGUGCCUAGUUGCCAUAUAAUGUUCGUUCAAUGAGCCUGGUGCCAUCGGGGUUGAAGGCUUUGCCAUGAUGGCACGCCAGACCAACCAAUCAAAGUUCAUGUCCUCAGUCAUCUCUGCUAUGACAUUACCUCCUUUUACUUCUGAAAUCUUGUCCCCCGACGUAGUUCUGGGAUAUGUAGUUCACAACGAGUCCGUGGAGUGCAACAGGACGGCAGGCGCAAACAAGACGUCGGGGUCAGGAUGUGCGGUCUUCACGGCGACUCAAACCCCGAAGAAUUGGGCAGCGCUCCUGAUCCUGGCGGCCAUCGUCAUCACCGUCACGGGCAACAUCCUGGUUAUCAUGGCCGUCGCGCUGGAGAAGAAACUCAAGAACGCCACCAACUACUUUCUGAUGUCACUGGCUGCCGCAGACCUGCUGCUGGGCCUCCUGGUCAUGCCUAUCGCCAUGGUCAACAUCCUGUACGAUUACAUCUGGCCCCUCCCCUCAACUCUCUGUCCAAUCUGGAUCUUCUUGGACGUCUUGCUGUCCACAGCAUCCAUUAUGCACCUGUGCACCAUCUCCCUGGACCGCUACAUUGGCAUCCGCAACCCCAUCCACCACAGCCGCUCCAACUCCAUAACCAAAGUCCGCAUCAAGAUUGGCGCUGCCUGGACAAUCUCUGUGGUCAUCUCCUUACCCGUCCCAGUGCUGGGCCUUCAGAACCACUCCAAGUUCUUCCAGGGCCGGAGCUGCCAGAUGACCGACGACAGCUUCGUCCUGAUUGGCUCCUUCGUGGCGUUCUUCAUCCCGCUCAUCAUCAUGCUGGUGACCUACUUCCUCACCAUCAGUGCGCUGCAGAGCGAGGCUACCGUCUGCCUGGACCAGCUGGUUCCCCGGCCCAAGUGGGCGUCGGCCCUGGGCCUGCUCCCGCGCGGCUCCGUCUCCUCUGAACGCCUCUUCCUCCAGCGCUCGCUCAGCCGGGACGGCGGGGACGCCUCAGCUGUGGCGGCGGGGGGCAUGGGGGUCCCGUUCGGCCGCCGCACUGCCCAGUCCAUCAGCAAUGAGCAGAAGGCCUCCAAGGUCCUGGGCGUGGUCUUCUUCCUGUUCGUGAUCAUGUGGUGCCCGUUCUUUGUGACCAAUGUGCUGGCUGUGGUGUGCGACGCCGUCGUGUGCCCUCCCGACCUCAUGGGGUCACUGCUGAACAUCUUCGUGUGGGUGGGCUAUAUGUCGUCGGCCGUUAACCCCUUGGUCUACACGCUCUUCAACAAGACAUACCGCGCCGCUUUCGCACGCUACGUGUGUUGCCGUUGUAGGGAACAGAGGAGGCCUCUGCAGUUCAUCCUAGUCAACACCAUCCCACCGCUUGCCUACAGUUCCUCACGGAUACACUUGAGGGCCGACGGAACUCUCCAGAGGGACAUAGAACUCAGUGGUUUGGGGGGGUCUAUAGGAAUGAAUGCACUGCAGUCCUCCAAAUGCCACUCUGGGUAUGAAUCGGAUGACAUUAUCAGCCAUGUUUAGAACUUGGAUGUUGGCACUAAUGGAUGUUGAGUUUCCUCUUCAACAGGGGUCAUAGGUCACAUGACUGAAACUUGAAAGACUAUUAUUUUGAUGAAAUACACAUGUGUACACAAUGUAUACACAAUAUAUGUUUUUGGUAUUUGUAAGCCUACUGUAUGUGUUUUCCUCUUUUGCAGACAGCCUUCGAUAACUUUGUUAAAGUUUCAUAGACAUGAUGAGGUGGACUACUUUAUUAUUCUAUGGUUGACACAUGCUUAAAUGUGAAGAAAUG